AUGUCGGAUGGAUGGACUGAUAAAAAAAGGCGUAGUAUUUGUAAUUUCUUGGUGAACAGCCCUAAAGGAACAUUUUUUCUUUAUUCAUUGGACACUUCUGACAUCUCGAAAACAACGGAUAAAGUUGUCAAAAUGCUAGAAGAUGCAGUAGAAUUUGUUGGUGAAGAGAAUGUAGUCCAAAUUGUUACAGAUAAUGCUGCUAAUUAUAAGGCUGCUGGAGAAAGAAUGAUGGAGACUAGAAAAAGUUUGUAUUGGACACCAUGUGCUGCACACUGCAUAGAUUUGAUAUUGGACCUUCGCUUGGUUGAUUCAGAUGAAAAACCAGCCAUGGGUUUCAUCUUUGAAGGCAUGAAAAACGCCAAAGAAACAAUCAGGACUAACUUCGGUUGUGUUAAAAAGAGUUACGAACCUAUAUGGGAAAUUAUUAAUGGAAGGUGGAAAAGUCAAUUGCAUAGACCAUUGCAUGCAGCUGCGUAUUAUCUUAAUCCUCAUUAUCACUAUGAACCAAAUUUCAUGGUUGAUGAUGCUGACAUUAAGAUUGGUCUAUAUAGUUGUUUGAAAAAACUGGUUCCUAACCAGGAAGAAAGGAAAAAGGUUGGUCUACAGCUUCCUGACUUUCAUUAUGCUAGAGGCCUCUUUGGUAAUGAAACUGCAAAGAGUAGUAGGAAGACCAUGCUACCUGCUGAGUGGUGGAACUUCUAUGGAGAUAGUUGUCCAGAACUAAAGAAGUUUGCUAUCCGAGUUCUAAGCUUAACUUGUAGUUCAUCUGGUUGUGAGCGUAAUUGGAGUGCAUUUGAAAUGGUUCAUACAAAGAGAAGAAAUCGGUUGCAUCAAAAGAAAAUAAAUGAUUUAGUGUAUGUGAUGUAUAAUUUGAAGUUAAAGGGCAAGCAAAUUAGAAAAACUCCAGAACUUGAAUUUGAUGCAGUGCAUUCUGAUGAUGAGUGGAUAACUGAGGAUGUUAAUGAAAAUAUUGCUGAAAGUGUUGAGCAUUCUCACUUGCCAACGAAUGACAAUACUAAUGAUGAUCCAAAUAGUAAUGAAUUUGCUAUUCCAGAUUUUGUUGGCCGUGUUGAACCUGAGGCUGAAAGAAAUGAUGUUUCUGAUGAAGAUGAUGAUGUUGAUGCCAUGGAAGAUGAAGAUAUUGGAGGAUUUGAGUUUUAG